AGCGCUAAAUUGUUUUGAGAAGCAGAUGACUACUUUGCUGGAACCAGUAAAAAAGUGUAUAAGUCAUGUUGCUUCCUUAAACUUAAGCCUAUGUGAUAUAGGCUUAGAUGUAACUAAUAAAUUUAAGUUACGUAUUUAAGGUUAAUAAUUUUCUUUCACUCUGGACCAGUCAUCGACUGCUUUAGAAAGAAAAAUGACCUUUACGAGUUCAAUUUCAAGGAAACGUUCUAGGAAUUGUCAAGAAGAAGGGUGUGAGUUUAUGCCUAUAUCCAAACGAAUAAAUAACCUUCAUAUUAGGUCUCAACAAGCUCUAGAACAAAGAAAUAUAGAACAAGAACACCUUCAAGCAUCUUCUAGCUCAAACCCUACUGCUGGACCCUCAACAAGCAAUGGUUAUGUUAGUGGAGCCAAUGUCUGUUUUCAACAUGCUGCCAAGAAUAGUACAGAUCUUAAAGACACUAUUGAAUAUGGGGUUUCAGCUCCCAUUUUGAUAAAUGGUGUAACAAUAGUCAAAAACUUCAAUGAACCAAUGUACAGACCAGAGCUUAGUGCAUCAGAAAACCCCCAUUACUAUAAUAUUAACUGUGUAUUGUUUCAAGCCCAUCAACAGCGAAUCCAAAGACUUGCAAAGAUACCAAAUGGUCAUUUACACAGUUGUGAUUUCUAAUAAUUGCAUUAAGGAAUAAUAUGUUUGUGACUUAUUUUAACCUUUUCCAAUGUAUAUGCCCAUCUCAGUAAAUAUUUAUUGCCUUUCUUAGAAUUUUAAGACACUUUGUUUUUGUGAAUUUUUGCGAGAGUAAAACUAGUUUAAAAAAAAAACAAACGAAUGAGAGGUUUGACUUUAUUCUUUUGGUGUAAAAUCAUUAUAACUAUAUGUACAUCCAGCUCAACAAUUUAAAGUUCUUAAUGAUGACCAGUGUUGAUACAGUAUUUGUAGUUCCAUGAAAGCUGUCCUUAGCGAUGUAAUUUUUAUGUUAAAGAAGCUCCAACAUUCCUUAUCGUUCAGGUUUUACCUUUUAACACUCACACCCAUAUUCAUCUACUGUUAGUUUACCAACAACACACUGUAUAUUCAUAGUGUAAAAAUAAAAGUAGUGCUACUUCUUUAUUGAUUUAAAAA